AUGGCAAAGAAAAAGGGACGCCGCUCCAUAAAUGUGGCACGGAAGCGCGAAAAACGAAACCGCGACCGGAAAUUUAGGCAAAAACAGCUUGCUGUCGAAAAGCAACGUAGACUUCCUUAUGAAAAGUCAGAAGAGGAGCAUUUACACGCCUGUAUCUCACAGAGCCGUAAGCUCCUCAACGAACCUGAACUUGAAGGCGUUCUUUUCGAUUUUGAACUGAUGUAUACACGGGUGACGGAAGUACUCGAUAAUUACCAAGCCGACAAGACAAACGCCCUCACAGCCGAAUUUGAAGAAGACCUCAUCCAUCUAACAAAUGUAACAGAAGAAGCAACGAGUGAAGAGGAACUAAAUCCUUUACCGGAAGCGGAACGCGCCUGCGAACAUUUUCGAUUAGAAGUGCUCCCACAUCUUGUUACACCGGACUUUAUGCAACAAUUAGUGCAAGCACUCACGGCGUGUGAAAAACGUCUUAAGUUAAUAGGUAACCGAGAACUUGCAGAGGUGGCUUUUGUCACCCGCUCGCUUUUUGAAGCUGCCCCAUCGGAAAUCCUGGCAUUCCACCCGAUGAUCCAAACUAUCGGUAUUGAAACCCUACGGAUACUUGUGGAAGAACCGGAUAUGAUUAUUGACAGACGUGAGGAGGUUAAGGAAAUCCUUUCAGAUGUUCUGGAAUACAAAGAGUCAGAAGCCUACCAAUCUCAACCGAUUUCCGUCUUUUCAGACACUGCAAAAAAUCAGGAACACCACAAGGAAAAGGACACCGAAUCUAAUUUAACAGAACCGGCUUCGCCGCAUUUUGACACGGUAAAUACUGCGAUAACCGAUCCGGCACCGCUUUCAGAUCCAGUCGAUCUCUCCGGUACACCUACUUCAGAGAUAGCAAUACCGCCGGUCUCACCCGACGAACUUCCUGCUCGGGCACUUUAUAAAAAUUUCAACGGCUUGGCAAUAAAAGAGAGUUUCGAGGAGCGGACAGACGAUCCGUCCUUACAAGAGGGGCUCGCUAACUACGCUUUGGUGAAUGAAAGCGAAGAACAGGUUGAAUUUGUUGAUGUGGAAAACGAACGCUACAUCACGGUCACCGAAGAGCGGCUGCAGUUACACGCACGCUCAGAAGCAGAACUUACCAUCGCAAUGGCAGAGAUAGAAGCGCAGUGUACAUCGGCAGUCAUGUACCUCGCCAAAACAAUCGAAGAAAGGGGGUAA